UGGAGCAUUCCUAUAAUUCGUUCCGUUUUUGCGCUAAUUAUUAGUUACAGUUUUCCGUAUUUGCUCACACUUUAGUCUUCGACUUGGUUUCAUCCACAGUGUUUAGGUGCAUUCUUUUCUGACAAUCAAUAUUGUUUAAAUAUGCUGCCAGUGGCAUGGGAAAAACUACUCUAAAGCAUAAUUAGUGCGUUCUGGAUCCACCGCACGUUCAGCCCGCAUGUUUAAUAUUUAAUUUAUCUGAUAAACGAUAAGAAAGAUUACCCACCAACAGUUUUAACAUAUCCAGGCUCAGUUUAUUUGGAGUGUUCGGUAUACUAGCCAUAUUUUCCAGUUAUUUUUAGCUGCGAAUGUUGUUUUUGGUUCUUUGUUGUAAGUGACGUGAGUUAGUGAGGAUCGAUCCGGUUUUGCGUGCAUUCACAAUGGACUUCUUCAGGAAAAUCAACUGCUUUGGACGAUACGAUUCUAUGACCAGGUAUUCAAAUGCAGAUUUUGGCGACGACGACAGUGUAAACAGUGUGCAGUUAACCGAAGGAAUAAGUACAAGUGCUACCCACAUAAGGUAUCAUCCAGGCGCCAAACUAUGGCAAGUAAGAUCCACUAUGGAAAGGAUUCUUCUUUUUCUAACUGCCUUUUUGUUCAUGGUGGUUAUAGCACUGUCUAUUGUCGUCAAUGUGGUCGAACAUCAGCUCGAACAGGCCAAAGUGAAGCAUUCGGGCAUAGAAAUGGAUCAGCCCUGUUUGAAUCGUAGUUGUGUGCACAUUGCCAGCCACAUUUUAGAUUCGAUGGACUUUUCCAUUGAUCCAUGCGAUGACUUUUACUCCUACUCGUGCAAAGGAUGGGUGAACGCCAAUCCAGUGCCCGAAGGCAAAAAGAACUGGGGCACUUUCAUGAAACUGGCACAGGAAAAUUAUUUGGUCAUCAAACACGUUUUAGAGAAAUCGAUCGAUACGUUCAAAUCCAAAGCGGAAAGAAAGGCGAAAAUGUACUACGAAUCCUGCCUGGACACGAAUGAUACUGUAGAAACGCUUGGAUCCAAGCCUAUGCUUGAUCUGCUUGCCAAACUUGGAGGCUGGUAUGUUAGCACUCCGGAUUACGACGUUAAUAACUGGACCUUGCAAAAUACUUUGCAAAUCGUUCAAAACAAGUAUGCGAUUGGGGCUCUGUUUUCCUAUGGAGUUGGUGAGGAUGAUCGGAACUCUUCCCGGCAUGUUUUACAGCUCGACCAAAGCGGUUUGGCUCUUCCAACUAGAGACAACUACCUGAACAAGACUGAUGAGCAUCGGAAGAUUCUGGACGCUUAUUUGGCUUAUAUGACAAAGAUUGGAGUACUUCUUGGAGGUGAGCCAAACGCAACUCUUAAGCAGAUGGAAGCAGUAAUCGCCUUUGAAACUGAACUGGCCAACAUAACCACGCCCAGUGAGCUGAGAAGAGAUGACGAAUCUCUCUACCAUUUAAUGACUUUGGCUGAUUUAAAGGAAAAAGCCAACUUUAUAGAUUGGAGACAGUUUUUCGAAAACGCGAUGAAGCUGGUGCAGAAGAAGAUCACUUUGAAGCAACAAAUCAUUAUCUAUGCGCCUGAGUACAUGGGAAAUCUAAGCCAGCUGAUCCAGAAGUACGAGAAUACGACAGAAGGAAAAAUAACACUCAACAACUAUUUGGUGUGGCAAACCAUCAGGACGUUUUCCCCAUACUUGUCCAAACCCUUCAGAGAUGCCUAUAAAGGCUUGAGACUGGCACUGAUGGGCUCAGAUGCUAGCGAAGAACCUCAAUGGCGAUAUUGCAUUCAGGACACUAAUAACGUUCUGGGCUUCGCCGUAGGGGCUAUUUUCGUAAGGGAGGUUUUCAAUCCCCAGUCGAAAGAGCAGGCCGAAAUUAUGAUUGACAAUAUCCGCAAUGCAUUUAAGAACAAUUUUGUUAAUUUGAAGUGGAUGGACGAGCAAACGAGAAAAGUGGCUCUGGAUAAAGCUGAUGCCAUUUCGGAUAUGAUUGGUUACCCUGAAUUUAUCAAGGACGUUGAUAAUCUGGACGCAAAAUACGAGAACUUAACUAUAAGGCCUGAUACCUACUUCGAUAACAACGUGAACAUAAUCUACUACAACUUGAAGAAGAAUUUGGAGAAAAUCAACGAACCAGUGAACAAAACAACCUGGCUCAUGGUACCCUCCACUGUUAACGCCUACUACACGCCGACGAAGAACCAAAUGGUGUUUCCGGCCGGGAUUCUGCAAAGCCCCUUCUACAAUCCCUCGUUCCCAGAUGCUCUCAACUAUGGGGGAAUGGGCGUGGUGAUGGGCCAUGAACUCACCCAUGGAUUCGAUGAUCAGGGCCGACAAUACGACAAGAAUGGCAACUUGAAUCACUGGUGGAACAACCAGACGGUGGCCAACUUUAAGAACAGAGCCAAAUGUGUGGUGGAUCAAUACAGCAACUACUCUAUGGGUGACUCGAAAGUCAAUGGGAAUCUGACACUGGGGGAAAAUAUAGCUGAUAAUGGAGGCCUCAAAGCUGCUUACCACGCAUACCUCGACCUGAUGAAGGGCAAACCCGAACCGGAACGCCUACCGGGGUUGCCCCUGAAUCACAAGCAGCUAUUUUUCGUGGCGUUUGCUCAGGUUUGGUGUGCUACCACCACAAAGGAGGCCACGCGCCUUGAAAUAGAGAAAGACCCUCAUGCUUUAGCCCCCUUUAGAGUGAUCGGGGCUGUUAGCAAUCUGCAGGAGUUCAGUGAGGAGUUUAAGUGUCGAAAGGGCAGCAAAAUGAACCCGGAGAGAAAAUGCGAAGUAUGGUAGUGAGGCAGGCGGCGGGUAAAACUGAAUGUGAAAUUAUCGUUUACUUAAGAAGAGAACCGCUGGUUCGGUUAUUAAGGAUCAACUUAAUUAAGGUGGCUGAGAAAUGCGGCUCCAUCUGCAACGCUUUAUUGCAUUUUGUACAGUGUCGAGGAAAACUGAAGUAUUUAUUUCGAUGCUAGAAGGAAGUGAUUCUACUAAACUAGCAAGCUAAAAUAAUAAAACUUUUUAGGCUUUUCUGAAUAUCUAAGCAAAGCAGCGAGAGCUCAGAUUGUUGAAAACUUUGUCAAGCUUUUAAGCUGUUUGGAAAUGAUAUUCACAAAAUUUGGCGACAGAUUCUUCAAAAAUAUGAUCUGAAGAGAUUAUGAAGGCAGACGAAAAAAAACCACGAAAACUUCGAAAAGUUCUAGUCGAACGAGUGAUAAUGCAAAAUCCUUUUAGCGUCUUACCAUUUUGCUCAAAAAUUUUUCGUUAACCGACGAGAUUUUAAAAGCCAAAAAAUUCAAUAUUAAAUUCUAUUGGAGAUCUUUAGCCAAAGUUUACAAUUUUCAAAUUUUUGUCACCUUUGAAGCAAAGGAUACCAAAUCUAUUGGUAAAUAAUCUGUUACCAAAUUUUGAAGCAUUUAUUUCCAGGUUUCAUAUUUUUGUUGUUGACUAUAAUAUAUAUUUUUUUUAUUUUUAGCAAUUUUCCUUAUUUUAGCACUAGAAUUUUACUAUAAACUGCUGAUAAAACUUUGAUAAUUACUCAAUAUCACGCACUAUUGUCGCUAUUUAUUUUCAUUUUUUCACAUAUUCACUUCCUACCCAAAACCCUCAGAUAUUUUCUCAUUCUUUAGGCGACUUCUAUCUUACAUUUAUUUUGGGUUUAUUCGAAAUUGCUCGUUUGCUCAUUCAUUUUUUAUGUUAAUUUCGAUUCCUUAAAUGCAUUUCAUCUGAAAAUAUAUUAAGCAAACUGUACUAUAUUACAGCAUUUUAAUGUAAUUAGACUGUAAACAGUAUAUAGGUUAUCAGAAGUUAUAUUUUAUUUUUACAUUUUUAUAUGUUCACAUAAGGCUAGAACGGGUACAAGUAGGUAGAUAGUUAAGUUAAGGUAUAAAUAAUUGUAACUAAAACAAUUAAUAUUAAUAGGUAAUAGGAAUAUUCUGGCCUCAAUUUUAAGCCAAAGUAUUUGUGUUCCGUUCCUAAAUGGUUUAUCUUAUUAUAUUUGUUAUCUAAAUAUUAUAUGAAGGUUAUUUGUACGUAAGGAUUGCUCCAUGGAAAUUCAAAAAGUACAAUACAUGCCAAAACACUAGUCGUACCAAACAUAUCUAUCAUUUCUCAGUCUGUCUGGUUGUUUUGAAUUGUAUAUUAAUUAUAUUAUAUAAAUCCCUAUAUCAUUAACUAUUUAAAUUAAAGUCUGUAUUAAUAUGGUGCAAAGAGAUGAGGAAAAUUUUAUGGUCGUUUCUGUGUAGAUUUUUACUGUGAUAAUAAAAUGUAUAUAAAUA